AUCCGCCAAACAGAAGAAGACGUACGCGCAUGUAAGUAGAGAUUGACUGUGGCAAUAAGCAGCAGAGAUGUUCCGGCCCAAGCCCACGUUGAAGGACAGACAGCACCUGUACAGGCUGAUCAUCAGCCAGCUACUGUAUGAUGGCUACACCACCAUUGCCAAUAGUCUGAUCAAUGAGGUCAAGCCUCAGAGUGUGGUGUCUCCAUCUGAGCAGCUCAUGCAGCUGGCUAAGACAGGAAUGGAGAAUGAUGACAGCGCUGUCCAAUAUGCUAUUGGUCGCUCGGACACUGUGGCGCCUGGUGUGGGCAUUGACCUAGAGUUUGAUGCAGAUGUACAGACCAUGUCCCCAGAAGCAUCAGAGUAUGAGACCUGCUAUGUGACGUCCCAUAAGGGUCCAUGUCGUGUCGCAACCUACAGCCGUGAUGGGCAGCUCAUUGCGACGGGCUCUGCCGAUGCCUCGAUUAAGAUCCUGGACACGGAACGCAUGUUGGCCAAAAGCGCCAUGCCACUAGAGGUGAUGAUGAAUGAAACGGCCCAGCAGAACAUGGAGAACCACCCUGUAAUCAGAACACUGUAUGAUCAUGUGGAUGAAGUCACCUGUCUGUCUUUUCACCCAACCGAGCAGAUCCUGGCCUCUGGCUCCCGUGAUUACACCCUCAAACUCUUUGAUUAUUCAAAGCCUUCUGCAAAAAGAGCCUUCAAACACAUACAGGAAGCUGAAAUGUUGCGCUCCAUCUCCUUCCACCCCUCUGGGGAUUUCUUACUGGUGGGCACGCAGCACCCCACUCUGCGCCUAUACGACGUCAACACUUUCCAGUGUUUCGUGUCCUGCAACCCUCUAGAUCAGCACACAGACACCAUCUGCGGAGUCUGUUACAAUCCCAGCGCCAACACCUACGUCACCUGCAGCAAAGACGGUAGCAUCAAACUGUGGGACGGAGUGUCUAACCGAUGUGUGACCACUUUUGAGAAAGCUCAUGACGGCGCUGAGGUCUGUUCGGUCGUCUUCUCCAAGAACUCCAAAUAUAUUCUGUCAUGUGGAAAGGAUUCUGUCGCCAAACUGUGGGAAAUUUCCACAGGCAGGACUUUGGUAAAGUACACAGGUGCGGGGCUCAGUGGGCGACAAACACACCGCACUCGGGGUGUGUUCAACCACACAGAGGACUACGUGCUACUUCCGGAUGAGCGAACCAUCAGUCUGUGCUGCUGGGAUUCAAGAACCGCAGAGAGGAAGAACUUGCUCUCCUUGGGUCACAAUAACAUAGUGCGCUGUAUCGUUCACUCGCCCACCAAUCCAGGCUUCAUGACCUGUAGCGAUGACUUCAGAGCUCGUUUCUGGUAUCGCCGCACAACCACCGACUGAGGGAUGCUUGUUUGCCUUAAAACAAAAUGAGAAUCAGUCCAUCAGCUGGUCACAAACUGUUAAAUGGAUAGUUCACCCAAAAAGGAACAUUUUGCCAUCAUUUACUCAUCAACAUUUUUUAUCCGUGGAACACAAAAGGAGAUGUUCGGCAGAAGUUCAGUCUCAGUCACCAUUCACUUACACUGUUUGGAAAAAUGAUGCAAUGAAUGGUGAAGCUGUCAGUCCCUAACGUUCUGAAUAAAAUAACUCUAUAUUUAAAAUAAAGUCAUACAGGUUUGGUACAACAUGAGAGUAAAUGAUGACUGAAUUUAAAUUUUUCGGUGAACAUUCCCUUUAAUGGGUCUUUUUGUCAGUAGACUUCACUGGCUUUAUCACCAAUGCUGUAUAUCAUUUAACGUUUUUUUUUUUUUUUUUUAAAGCAGCAGAGAGUUUGUUGUCUCUGUUAUGACUGUAGUACCUUAGGCGGUGCUGUUUUACAAAUGAAAAUAAGAUGCAACUUUUCAGAUUUUUAGGAUUUUACUUAUUGGAUUUAAGACCACUUCUAUUCAUUUAGUCUUGAAUUUGCGUUGAUAUAGCAUUUACAGCUAGAUCAUUUUUUUUGUUGUUAUUUGUAUAUUUGGCAACAGCGUAGAUUAGGAUUGCUCUAAAUGGCAAGUGCCUAAAUGUUGCAUCUUUUCACUUUCAAUUUGUGUACUGUGCUCUUUUAUAUUAAAAGCCUCUGGGAGAAAAGA